CUUUUGUUUUUUUUUCUUGCAAAAGCACUUGCUGGUGGCGCCUGGUGGAUUAUUCAGAUAUUCUCCCUAAUUUAAUCCAAAAUUGUGUUAAUUAUUGUUGUUAAAAUGACCACAUUACGACCGUUCACUUGUAACGAUAUGUUUAAAUUCAACAAAGUGAAUCUGGACCCUCUGACCGAAACGUACUGCUUGGCAUUCUACAUGCAGUACUUGGCUCAUUGGCCGGAAUACUUUCAGGUGGCCGAAUCACCCAGCGGCGAAAUAAUGGGCUAUAUCAUGGGAAAGGCCGCAGGGCACGGCGAGAGCUGGCACGGGCACGUUACGGCUUUGACCGUUUCACCGGACUAUCGCCGACUAGGACUGGCCGCGACGCUUAUGAACUUCCUAGAAGACGUUUCGGAGAAGAAGCGUUGCUACUUUGUGGAUCUGUUUGUGAGGGUUAGCAACAAGGUGGCGAUCGACAUGUACACUAAACUGGGAUACAUUGUCUAUCGAACGGUGCUGGAAUACUACGUCGGUGAUCCGGAUGAAGAUGCUUACGAUAUGAGGAAAGCUUGUUCAAGGGACGUGUUCCGGAAAUCGGUGAUUCCCUUAACUCAUCCUGUACGCCCGGAAGAGGUGGACUGAUAGUAGUGAAAAUAAAUUGAUAAAUUGCAUGCAAAA